AGGUUUCAGAUCUCUGCAGUCAGUUUAUUUUUUUUGGCAGACUGGGGUUCUGCGUGCGGGCUAUUUACAGCCAAGGCACAAAGUGCAUCGCAGGCAGGGAGGGGGAGUGGGAGAGUUGAGUGGGGGGUGGUGGUGGUGAGAAGGCACUUCAUGUACAAUGUUACCGUUUAUGCCAAAGGACAAGCAAACACUGGCAGCUCUGGAUCAAGCAACUGAACCGAAGCGGGUUGAGAGCACGUCUGGUUGCGGCUCCUUCUCAGGGGAUACCGCAUGAGUGACUGCUUCAGCCGCUGUUGUACUGUACACCACCUGGCACGCUUUCGCGGUCUUAGCACAUUUAAGUUGACUCUGUUGCUUUACGUGGGGGUGCUGGCUGGAGUGAGUAAGUGAGCGAGCGAGCGAGCGAGUGAGGGAGGGAGGCCUUUUGCAGAUGACGUGGAACAGCACUAUGAGCAGUGGCUACAGCAGUUUAGAAGAGGACUCCGAGGAGAUCUUUUUCACUGCCAGAACCUCCUUUUUCAAGAAUCCUCAAGCCAAGCCCAAAGCUGACCGAGAUGUUGAGAAAUCAAGAGAGCCACCGAAAGUUCUUACAAAAGAAGAGAUCAAACAAAAAAUCCACUUGUAUAACACAGCAGUGGCAGACAGGUUAAAAAUGACUUUGAGUUUAAGUAGUGACACAUACACCGGCUUUAUCAAGGUUCAGAUGGACUUACGCAGGCCUAUCACUGUACGGCCCAUGGCAAAUCAGGGGACAAAUGUGCAUAAUAAUAACAAUAAUGAAACUGCCUUCUACAUGCCCAAGGGUAUUGUCAACAUCCUGCACAUCAGCAGCAGCAAUACUGCGAAGGAGGUCAUUGUGGCCUUGCUGAGGAAGUUCUUGGUUGCUGAUAACCCUGCAAAGUUUGCACUGUUCAAGCAGUUCAAGAAAGACGAGCAAGUCCAAGCAAGCAAAUUGCUGGAUUCUGAACAUCCCCUUUACCUGUGUCUGCUGGCAGGUCCCAGUGCAGAAGGUCUAAAUUUUAUUCUGCGUGAGCAUGAGACUGGAGAAGUGUUGUGGGAAGCCUUUAGUCUCCCAGAACUGAAAAAUUUCCUGCGUAUCUUGGACAAAGAGGAAAAGGAACACUUUCGGGUUAUAUGCAAACGAUAUGCAGCCUACAGAGAGAGGCUUCAAGAGGCAUUGAGAGAAGCAGGAAAACCUGGUUAAUCUGGGCAAGAAAAGCAGUGAGGGACUGCUUCUUACAGGGACUAUGUGCAAGUACAAGCCAUGGGAGUUGCUUUCAGUCUAAGACUUCUUUCUGUUUUAGUGCCAGGGUACUGUAUCUAUAUGUUUGUAUGUAUGUGUGUGCGUGUGUAUGUGUCUAUAGAACAUUGAAUCUAUUCACAAAAAACAAGCCUUUUCCGAAUCACUUAAAUAGCUUGCACAAACAAAUUAAUGUUUACUGGACAAUAUAAAUUUAUUUAUAAGUCGGUUGAUCCUGUGUUAGUGAUCAUACUGCUUUGUUUGGCAACCACAAGGAGUACUGUAUUAGUAAUGAGGUGACCUCGUUGCAAAGCCUUUGUGAUGCUGAGUAAAAGCAUUCUGUCUCAAUCUGGAGUGUCCACACUCAAAGAAAUACUUCAAAUACAGUCUGUGGGAUUUGAACUCGUAUUCCUGGUUAGGGUGACACCAAAUACACAGGGUGACUUUACAAACUGGGUUAACCUGUAACAUUUUGUCUUGCAGAAUGCCCAUCGAUUUGAGGCGAUGCAAGAAAUCUAUAUGAGCAACAUAUGUUUUUGCAAUGCUCUGUCUGUUUUAAGGUAGCAGCAAGUUAUAAUUGUAGUUUUACAUGCAAGUCCUAAUUGUUGUAAAGAGAAGAACAACAUUUUAAUGAAGUCUGUGGUUUAGAAAGGUGACUGAAUUGUGCAGACGUGGAAGAAUGGUAACAAUAAGGAAUGCAGCUGUUGAGGGAUGAGUUUAAACGGUAUGUGUGAAAGAAGGUUGAAGGCAAGUAGUGAUGGUGAGAGAUUAUGAAGAAAUUUAUGAUGAGAUAUGACUUUAUUGUAUGAGGAUUGAGCAGAAGAAGGUAAUGAUUUGUUGCUCUACUUGAAGAAUUUCUUCAAGAUGGCAAAGUACAGAUGGAUAAUCCAUUGCACACUGAACAAAGAAAAUAGAAUUUAUUUUCAUAGAUGUGCAUGAUUGCAGCAUAAUGAAGGAACCUAACUUAGGUUACAAGAAAAUAAAUGCCUAUUGUUCAAUAGAGCAGGUUAUCAAUAAUUUAAAAUGCCCUGCUAUAAAUAGUUAGGAUAACAAUGACAGUGCCCCACGAUUUAUAAGCCUGUUUGUUUUGUCUGGCAUCGUGGAGGCGCUUUGUUUAAAUGUACCACUUGGAACAGCCAUGCACACACACAGACAUACUUGUGUAUACCUUGCUGUACGGAUCAGCCGAUCACAUUGUUGUGCACGUAGAUCAAUGACAAGGAUCUUAGUAAUACUGUAAACAGGAGGCAUCAAUGCCAAUUUGACCACUUGGGCGUGUUUCCUACUUCUGAAACAUCUCGCUGUGUAAAGCGAUCCUUCCAGAAUGCUUCCAAACCCCACAGAUGCAGUGUCUCUACUUACAGAAUUGCAGAGGAAUCAUACGAAUGGAAGUCAGACCAGGCAUAAUUAAUUGCCGAGCACAGAUUACGGCCAGGUUUAGAAAUGUCAUUUUAAAUGACAGUAAGGUGGGAAUGACCAAAUUUAAGCAUAGUAGUAAUCACAAUAAAAGUGCCAUUUUUUUUGAAUUUCAAGAUGUAUAUAAAAAUAUUGGUGCUGGUCCAUUGAGAACUGAGGUGAUGAAUGAAUGCACAGUGCAAGGAGCUUCUUUGAAACUUAGUCCCUUGCUACUGUGCGAGUCAGUAACACCAGACAUUGUCCUUCUUUAUACUGCUCUGUGACCUUGUGCCUCGGCACUUUGUAAAGGAUUGCUUUCAGUAGGAGAAACUUCAUAUCAGCGAUGCACAGGGAAAAGUAAAUGUGCUGUGCAUGAGAAAUGAGAAACCCAAGAAUCCUAGGUGUUGUAGUUAGUGUGGUAAAGAAGGCACUUUAGAGCUGAACAAAGCACCGGCUCUUAGGUUCAGAGUCUGUGCAUUAUCUUAAUUUAAGUCGUCUACAUGGAGUUAAAAAUGUGAGGUUAAUAGGUUAGUAGUUUGCACCCCUUGCCUUCGUGGAUUAUAUUCAGAAUGUUGGAAACAAAGAAGGAGGUAUCAGUAAACUGCAUGCUUUAUCAGGUGUAAUACUAACACCCUACACUGUGAGAAUUCUACUACUGGUCCAAUAUAAAUUGGCUUUUAACUUUCAAAUGACAGAUACGAAGCACAAAGGAACACUCCUGCCUAGAGUGCGCUCUGUGAAGGGAGCUGUAUUAAAAAAAAAGCAAGUUGUGUAGUAACUAAGGUAGUGCGUUAACUGUGAGCGGCACAGAGUGAUAAGCGAGUAGCUACUUUUGCUCGAGCAUUGUAGUUUUAAAUCAACAAUUGUAGAUUUUUAAUAUUUUUCACAAUGUGGCUAAUUCUAUUGAAUGGCACACAGUAGUUUGCGCAGGAGACACUUUAGCUAUCGACCAAAGAGAAUGCAAACGUACAAACCAAGAUUGUGUGGCACAGAAUUGAUGACAGAUAAAUUUUCCUGGACCGAAACGUUAAUGCUGGGCGCUCAUUUACUAAAAACAAAAAAAGAACAAAUUUUAAACUGUACGCAGCUGCAGUGCACAACCAAAAAUGUACCGUGCUUUAAUUGGUUCUGGAAGGGGUUUAACUUGUGAUGUGGUUUAAAUCCGACUCCGGUGUUAGAAAUGGCUAACAGAUGCAGUGGUUUUCAAUUCCCGACACUGCCUGGAACCAGUAUCCCUCAAAGUUUACCUGAUGUGUGCCUUAAGUAUUCCGCAUCUGUUAGCCAUGCUCAGCUGGGAAGAAAGGGAGACGCUAAAUGAACAGUGUAAAUUGGUUCCACGUUUCCAUGGGAAGCACAUAUAUUGCAAAUAAGUGUGUGGGUCCUGUAUACUCAACAAGUUCCAACAUCAGAAUGUGAAAUAUUCAUCAAAUAAUGUUUAUGGACCAAAAUAAUUUUCUAAGUGUUCAUCUACUGUUAAAACCAGUAAAUAUAUUAAUGUGCUACUACUGUAUUUAUCUUUUGGACCAUUUCCAACUACUAUUUUUUGCUCCAAAAUGAAGUAUGUGAUUGGGAAUGUAAGAGUAACCACUUUUUAUUAUGAUUUGGUAACAUAAUUAGAAACGUAAAAAAAAAAGCCUUCCCCAAAAAGCGCGGACAUUUUAUUUUAAAAUCAUAUGGAGAUAUUGUGGAGCAGCUCGCUGCCUUCCUGACGUUUUAAAAGCCACAAACGACAGUGUUGGUGUGGAGCUUUGCUUGCGAAUGCUUGACUUUAGAUAUUGACUUUAGACUGUUGCUGUACAAGUUGUCUCAGGGCAUUGUACCUUUAGAGAUAUAAUGCCACAAUUGUGGUUGUAUUUGGUGGGGG